AUGAAUCCGGAAACCACAACAGAUCUAAUGAAAAUUACUGAUGUAUCUACUAUGAACGCUACAGAUAUUACUGUACCAAAAGAUGAAGACACAACAACAACAAUAAUAACAACACAAUCAAUAAGUAUGGAUACGACAACAGAAGAUACAAAUACAUCACAAGAAACAACAACACAAUCGAUAAGUGUGGAUACGACAACUGAAGAUACAAAUACAUCACAAGAAACAACAACACAAUCCAUGGAUACGACAACUGAAGAUACACAAACAUCACUAACAACAACAACGGAAGAGAGUCUUCCUCCUGAAGCUUAUUGUGAUGAGAAAGUAGGCACGUGUCCAAUUGGAUGUUUGGAUCGGAAAGGGCAGUAUCAACUUUGGGGAAUUGCAUGUAACACGGAUCAUAAUUGCCCAUUUGGUUAUAAAUGUUGCAGAGACGAUUGCUAUCGGUUUCAUAAAAUUUGCAAAGCUGCUGAAUUGUGGAGUUAUAAGGAAGAAAGUACUACUUCUAGUAAGAUUCCCACGACCAAAACAACUACAAAAAUUCCUAUAACUAUGAAGCCAACUACUGUCAUUCCAACCACUACCCAGAUAUUAACUGAUACUCCCGAAGAUUCAACACCACCGACAACAACUACAAUAUCAAUGGCGACAAUGACAAUACCAACAACAACAACCUCAGCAACUACUACAACGGAAAUACCAAUCACAACUGAAAUACAGGAUUUAACAACUACCACUACAACAGAAAUACCAAUCACAACUGAAAUGCAGGAUUUAACAACUAUUACAACAGAAAUACCAACAACAAUACCAGCAACUAUUACUACAACAGAAAUACCAAUCACAACUGUAAUGCAGGAUUUAAACGAGGAUGAAGAUGAAGGUUCAGGAAGCCUAAUCCUAAAUUCAGGGUCCUCAGGCAUGAUUUCGUUUGUCGAUUCUAACGAUAUAGAUUUGUAUUUCCAAAAUUAG